CAACGGCGUUUUAUGUGGCAGCAAAUGGACAACUCGCUAAUGGGUGGACUUAUGGGUCGAAUGUUCGGUGGGGGUCGGGCGAUGAGGUCCAUGUUCGGUGAUUUUGUGCACAGCACAGCCAACUAUGGCAAGAGCAUGAUUGAUUUUAUGCCCACGGAAACGACGCGCGUUAAGUACAUCAUCAGAGAUCCGCACACAAACAAGCCCGUCAAGAUAAUCAAGAUGCGCGGCUCACAGAAGAAGGUAGUGAAGCUGAUAAGGCCACUGCCAAAGCCUGUUGCGACAGAGCCCAGUAAGCUGCAGUACGAGAAUCGAAUGCGUCAACUGGAGAAAGAGCAGGAGCUAAUUGUGGAGGGCAAAGCGCCCACAAGCAGCGAUGAGGCGCUCAUGGAUAAAUAUUUCAAUCCCAGAGCCCGACCCAGCAGCAAUGAGAUUGUCUCUGGCAAGAUUAUGGAAUACCAAAGCUGGAAGCCCGUCUACAAGUCCAAUGAGCAGCCAACCUCGUAUGUCACGCUGCGUCCCCAGGCACUGACGCAGCUGCACACGCAUAUUACCUCCAGUCACGACAAUCGCAAUAUUCACGGCAUUCCUGAGCUGCUGCCCAAGCCAGAGAAGCUGGUGGGUCAUCGUCCAGAGCUGGAGGAGGAGGAGGAUGAUUUCGAACAAGUCGAAGAUGAAAAUGAACUGUCUAAACAGAUGGGACAUCAAUAUGAAGUUACUGAGCACACGGGCGAGGCAAGCGGCGAGGUGCAAUCCCUGGCGCCCAUGGAAGGCGGCUUUGUGCCCUCCAAUAGCAGCAGCAGCAGCAGCGGCAGCAGCAGCAGUCAACCACAGCGUCCUCGCAGUCAUGGCACGAGCAGCAGCACAAGCCCAACCAGUACCACAACGACAACUGAAGCGCCCAACUAUCCGCCCGCCUAUCUCAAAAAGUAUCGCGAACGGGAAGCCGCGGCCAGUGCAAAAGCCCACAGCAAAUCCAGACCCAAGCAGCACAAGGAACAGAUCCUCACAGAUAACAGCCAACACUCCAAUGUCAGCUUUGCAAUGAGCAGCCUACGCGCACGCCUCCAGGAGCAGCAGCGUCAAACCAAGCAGGAGGAGCGCGAUGCAGAAAUGGAGGCGGCCCUGGUGGAAGCUAUGCAAGGCGACAAAUGGCCAGCGGAGGUGCAGCACAGCGGCAGCUAUCUGACCAGUCCCAUUGGACCCAGCGCUGUUGCCUUCGAUCAGCCGAUGAAGCUGCCCCGCACGGAGUACAAACGGCAGCGGGCAAAUGUGCGGCAGCGCGGAUCCAUCAAGUUUAGCGAUAAUCCCAGCGAGGAGGUGUAGCCCAGGCCGGCACGAAUCUGAGCAGUAACCAAAGCAUAGCCAAAGCGUCAGUUAAGCGUUUUAAUUGCCUAGUUGUUAACAUAGUUUUAAAAGCCUAAGUAAAAGCAAGAGUUAAACACUCUCCAUACAUGCUUUAUUCGUUUUCGAACAAAUAAUUCCAUUCGCAAUUCCAUUUACUGAGGGGGAAGCUCUAAGUCAUUGCACUGCCUGCACGCAAUGCUACUUCAUCAUU